CUUGCACGCUCAAGUCGAUCCAGACUUGCACCGCAGAUCCAUUGCGCUGACCCCAUGUCUGAAGAGGUAGCCGAUAGCAAAGUAUACGCUAACUUUGGCAAGUAUGAUGAGUUCUCCAAGACCCAGGCGGAGUUGUUGGCUUUAGAUCCCAAUGCCGACCCAACUCCGGAAGAAGAGAUGAAGGAGGGUCGCAUGCUUGGAAAGCUGCUUGCCAUACUGGAUGAAUAUCAAGAGCAGCCUUACCUUGCUGAUCCUUUCCUCUCGGACCUCGUUAGCCCAGUGGUGGACGCCAUCAAGGCGCACGCACGGACUCCGGCGGCCAAAUCUACGACCAGGAUCUUCCGUCUUUCCUCGCUUCUCUAUCAUUAUGUCAAAUUCCGCGGCUCGAAAACCAUAACAAGAUUCUUCCCUCACGAAGUGCCUGACCUUGCGAUAGCCAUCGACUACAUGACACGGGAAGGCAGUCCGACACAAGACUCGGCUCAAUGGGCUCUGCGAUACGUCGUGCUCCUCUGGUUGUCGCUGAUCUGCAUGAUCCCGUUCGAUCUGGCUCAGUUUGACGAGGAAGGCCAGGUCGGAAGGACCGCAGACUUGUUAGAUACCUUGGGCAAGAAAUAUGUCGAUCGCGCAGGACUCGAACGAGAGGGCGCUGCUUCCCUUCUUGCUCGACUAUACAUGAGACGGGACAUGUUACAUCGCUUCGAUCCCUUCCUCACGAGUGCCACUGACGCAGUCAACUCUGACGACGUUUUUACAUCACUCGGUGUUCUACAAGUCAUCUGCGAAGUCGUCAAGUCCGGUCCCGAGCAAGUUAUCCGCAAAUCCGCACCCCAACUCCUCGCCCUCGCCGAAGCCGAGCUUCUCACCAAGAACAUGCUUCUCCGCAAAUACAAAACCAAGCUCGUCGCGCGCGUAGCGCUGCGCUUGCUCCCACCACGGUCCCGGCGCAAAGGAACGCAGCUAGGGGCCGAAGGGCAGGUAGAAGAGGAAACUGAGCCCGAGAUCGAUGUCCCGGAGGAGGUGGAGACAGCGCUUGAGCAGCUUUUUGGGAGUUUGCAGGAUAAGGACACCGUGGUCCGCUGGUCUGCCGCCAAGGGCGUCGCCCGCAUCGCGGAGCGCUUGCCCAUUGAUUUCGCCGAACAGGUCCUAGAAACCGUCCUCGGACUUUUCGCUAUCCACUCCGUCGCGUCUGCGAGUCUAUACGAUGUACCGACGGUCGCAGAGGGCACCUGGCACGGUGCAUGCCUCGCCUGUGCGGAGAUGGCGCGGAGAGGGCUGGUGACCGCGGACAAGCUGCCAGAGCUCAUUGGCUGGCUAGACAAGGCCCUCUACUUCGACCUCCGUAAAGGCGCGCACUCUGUGGGGUCCAACGUCCGCGACUCGGCUUCAUACGUGCUGUGGGCGCUCGCUCGUGCCCACGACGCCGCUUUACUGGCCCCGCAUGCGCUCGCCCUCGCGCGGAGUCUCGUCACCGUCGCCGUCUACGAUCGCGAGAUAUCCAUCCGGCGCGCCGCGAGCGCCGCGUUUCAGGAAUUUGUUGGGAGGACGGGCCUCUUCCCCCACGGCAUCGACGUCCUCCGGAAGACCGACUUCUACGCCGUCAGCGUGCGAAAGAACGCCUUUCUGGUCGCCGCGCCGGAGACCGCUGAACACCCAGAGUACCGCAUUUUCCUCUUCGACCACCUUCUGGAUGUCACGCUCAGGCACUGGGACCCGUCGAUGCGGCGAUUGGGCUCGCAGUCGCUGAGGUUGCUCUGUUUGUUAGAUCUGGACGUUUUGGGACCAAAGGCGGUGGAGAAGGCUAGCAAACUUUUACAAGCCGUCGACGGGACGGAUAUCCACGGUGGCCUUCUGGCCCUCUCGGAAGUAGCCGCAGCGUACAAAGAGCGCUACUCUGGGUCUGAACUCGAAAGCCGUCUUCGUGAGAUCUUCUCCCGCCUCGCCCUCGUCAAGCCCGCCACCCUCACCGCGCACCGCAAUGAGCUCAUAACCGCCGAAGCCUGCCGGCUCAUCGCAAGUACGCUCACCCUUCCCGAGGUCGAGCUGAAGGACAAGGGUGCCGUCCCGCACUGGCGGAAGGUCGUCGAGGGCGGUCUUUGUCACAGGAGCGCGGCGGUGCAGGAUGAGGCGGCGGCAGCGAUGGCGGCGUUGAGCGGUCUGGUGGAUUGCUCGAAUACGGUCAAGAGGUUGAUCAAGGACCUGAAGACGACGACAAUGAGUGCGCGGCCGACACUGGGAAAGAUGCUGGGCGUGCUGCGAUACGAUAAGCAUGCGAACGCGCUCAAGGAGGUCGUGGAGUGCCUACUGGAGUGUGUGGAUGCGAGUUCCCCCGCAAAGUUCCACGUCGAGGCUCGCAAGACCUGCUACGAGGCGAUAUCGCGCGUGCUCGGCACUGUCGUCGAUCGAUUACCCGAACUCUUGACACCAGAAGAAGUCGGUGCGCUGGAGCAAGCCCUUCUUCGCGGCCUUGAGGACUACACCAUGGACGAGCGCGGCGACGUGGGCUCGUGGAUCCGCAUCAGCAGUAUCCAGGGCUUGCGCGACUGCGCGAUCAUGCUCCUGCAGAGGCCGGCUCUGCUCCCUUCGUACUUGCGCCCAGACGUGUACCACGCCGCGGUCGCUGGCAUCCUCAAGCAGGGCGUCGAGCGGCUGGACAAUGUCCGGGCGGAGGCUGGCGCUUGUAUGCUUGGCCUGUUGAUGAUCUCGCCGCCGAAUGAGGAAUAUGCAAUCGAGGGCGGGGAUGCGAUGCGGAGGAUGUUUUUGCAAGGGGAACCUGUCCCUUGGAGCGAUGGCGCAGUAUUCUUCCCCAAGGCGGCCACGCUCCUGGACGUGGCGAGGUAUAGAAAGCAAGUACUGUCCGGCAUGAUACUCAGUGUGGGGAGUCGUUCGGAGAGCAUCACCCGUCCGAUGGGCGAAAGCUUGGCUGGCUACGCUGCAUCUCUACCAGUGACACCGAAGGACAGCGUUCCGUAUAGCCUUUACGAGCUCCUCCAGGACGUGCUCGACCACGGGAAGGCGCACUUCACGUCAAACAUGGUCUUUGUGCCGGUCCUUCAGACGUUGAACGUCCUUCUGAGCUCGGAGAAGUUGCAAGACGCGCUAUCCGACAAGGACCUGUCUAACCAGUUAUCGGCCAUUCGCUUGCUGGCGACGAAGAAUAUCACCAGGCUGAAGAAUGUGCAGAGGAUCCAGGAGUCGAUGAAGAUCGUUGUCAAUUUGCUGCCGCUGACCUUCUCGAAUCAAGAGGAUUAUGUCCUUUGCGUCGAAGCGCUGACCUUUUUCUUGACUCACGAAUUCCCUCAUAUCCGCACAGCAUCAGCAGAGUAUAUGUGCCAACUCUUGCCCGGCGUAGACCUGGAGGGAAGAGAAGAGGCUGUAGAAGAAGUCCUCCUCGAAACAGAAUGGAUAUCGCCCGACAAGAAUUUACUGGAGGAUGCGAAGACGAGGGUCAUCGCUGCUUUGAAGGGAUAAGUGCUCGCUGGUUUUGAUACGCGCAUAGGGGCUCCUGCUUCAUGUACACAUCUCGUGGAACCAAUGUAAUCUUAGUUUUGAUGCUGUAUUGAACUUGAAGUUAAACAUGGACCC